AUGACCGUGUUCUCCCCUCAGGCCGCCCAGCCUCCCCCAGUGGGAUCGGGCAUUUUUACCCUCGUUGCUGUUGCUACCAUCUUUUGCUUCGUGCUCCUCCUACUGCGCCACUAUCUUCCUCUACGCACGACUCCGGCUUAUCUGAUCGUGCCUGUGUCCUUAGCCCUUGCUCUCCCCGCCAGCGUGAUCCUCCUUGUGCCGAUCGAUCUCACCUCGAGCACGUCAGAAAGCCCACGCUCCGGAAUAUGGCUUCCAGACCGUGUGAUGCUGGUGUCAUGGAGGAUUGCUUACUGGCUUACAUUUGUUUUGACAUGGGCCAUACUUCCUUUACUCGGGGAGUUUGUUGACGCCGGAUACCGCACUCCAAAAGACCGAAUUACCUACUCCCUACGGUCGAAUGCUCGCUACCAACUCUUUGUACUAUGCUGUGCAACUAUUGGCCUGGUGUAUGUCUUGUUCCAGAACGGCUUCAAAUUUAAUUCUCUUAAGAGUGUUGUUAUGGCUCUUGCCUACAUGUGGGGUCUGGUACUGGCCAUCUAUCUCAUGGGACAUGGCCUAGUAGCGAUUCCGAGGAAGCUUUGGAGAAAUGCGAACCCGAGCAACAGGCUGCGGCGUUUGCAAUCCAGGGCUCCUUUAAUAUAUGACCGUUUAAUCGAUGCCAAAUCAAAUCUUGAGGAUAUAAGAUCUCAAGUAAUCCAGCUAGAACGGCGAAAAGCAACCAUUGCCCCCGAUUUACAGGAUUGGCUAGAUGAUUUGGUGGACGAAGUGAAUUCGCCGGCGAUACGAGCUGCGCAACACACGGAGGGCGAGCAACCGAGGGUUACAAUUCCAGCUGUUAUCACAGAGAGAUAUUUGGCGGAGCUUACCAGAAACCUAAACCGGGCACGUCAUAAGAACGCUCGUUUUACUGACACUUGGGGUCGACUGGUUCUGGAGGCAGCGGAUUGCCAAGCUGUUAUGGACUCGUCUACUUCAAAGCGUCUUGAGUUCAACUGGCGGACUGCAGCCACUCCCCCUCGGUUCUAUCGUCGACCGUUACUCACACCAUACCUUCGAUACCUAUUUCACUCUCACGUACUUCCUACUGUUCGCUUCACCCUCUCUGGUUUCUUCGCCCUUGCCUCCGCCUGCAUUAUUUGGUCAGAACUGGUCAAGUCGUUUGCACCUAGUAUUUCCAUUGUCAACUUGAGCGUCACCCAUACCUAUCAUGGUACCGCAGUAGUCGGCUUUACAGGCCAGCUAAUAGCAUCAGCGUGGAUCCUUUACAUGUGCUCUGCCGCUUUCGCCGGGAUCACUGACACAAAGGUGUGGGGCAACCGUGCCCUGGUGCCACGAAACACCUACGGCGAGAGCGCUUGCUGGUAUGCAGGGCUGGUGGCCAGACUUACCGUGCCUUUGGCGUAUAACUUCAUCACCCUCCUUUCUCGAGACGUUCAGCACAAAACUACUUUUUACGAUUUCCUAGGUCAACUCAUCGACCUCACUCCGCUUGGAAAAGGGUUUGAUUACUUUUUCCCAAUAUUCAUCCUGGUUCCUGUUGGCGCUACCUUGUUUAAUAUGUAUGGUAAAGUCAGAAACGCCCUGGGGUUCGGCCUUCUUGACAGCGAUGAUAACGAUGAUGACGACAAUGCUGGCAUCGGAGUCGGCACUUGGCGUGAGGGCCGGGAAUUGAUAAAUCAAGAGCUAAGCGGGCCUGAGUUCCUUGGACUAUCUUCCCGAUCCGCGGCUGGUGGUACUCACUUCCGCGAUGCAGACCCGGACUCCCCUGCGACUCCUCGCCGCGCGCCUACGAUCCGUGUUCCUCACUCUCAGACAUCCAGUCUACCCCGAUACGAACACCCUGCUGCAAACCGGACAAUCGACCUGGACGAUGAGGAGGAUGAAACGCCCUUCCAAUUGUUUGUUCACAGGGUUAAGAAUACAUUUGAAACAACUGGUAAACCAAAAUGGUUGCAGCGGGUGGAUUCUGAGCUGAGACGGCCGAGGUGGAUGCGCGACCAGGACGACGUUGGCCCGGAUGCUGACGGGGGAGUCCACGGCAGCUCGAGUGGGCUGAAUAGAUUCUUUGGUGUUUGA